AUGUACGAAACCGCUAAAAAUGCUAAAGCAAAUAAAGGUACAUGUUUGCAAUUAGCUAUUCACGCUUGGGAGUCAAUUGAGAUCUUAUUAUACAUUCUCGGAGUUUCCGUACCAAGUCCUGCGUUUGAUCGAGCUGUUGAUAUUUUAACAGAUACUCUUUCAACUGGAGUUGAUCUUUUGAAAAAAUAUGUUGACACAACACCAAUUAUUCGAACAAUUUUAAAUCGACUUUUAUUUGCAAUGGUUGCUUAUACAUUUGGAUGGUUAAAUAAAAUUCAAACUCGACAAGGAAUUACUUUACCAUUAGUUGAACAAAAAAAUCAGACAACAUAUUAUCCAACAACACAAACACGAUUUCUGAAUCUUUCUUAUUGA